AUGUCCUUCCACAUCGAUUCCAACACCUUCUCGGAAUUCCAACCGUCCCAUUCUCUCUUCAAGCGCUGCGUAUCAUGCUCUGAUACCUCCCCCACCUGCCCAUCAUGCGCGACUGGCUACACAUGUAGCAUGUCCAGUCAGUCCUGCGACUCCUGUGCCACCACAAAAUGUAUUGCAUCGACCUCUGGGAGUUCAACGCCAGCACCAUCGGGUGGCUCCAACACGGGUGCGAUCGCAGGUGGUGUCGUUGGUGGUAUUGCCGGUCUGGCCCUGAUCCUCUUCCUGAUCUAUUGGUUCGCCAUUCGGAAGAAGCGCCAGGAGCGCGCCGAACAACAAGAGAAGAGCAGCCAAUUCAACGCUGCCCGCUCUGAGCGCCAGUCCACCCAGUCCAUUGCCUCCACCGUCCUCACUCGUGCCUCCAACGUCAUUCAAAUCGCCUAUAUCCCUGGUGUCACCAACCGCUCACCUCCAGAGACCCCGGCCACCCUGGUUCCCCCGGUUCCUCCAUUGCCCGGUGCUCACCCUGACCAACACUUCUUCAUGCCCGGUGACUUGCGAGACUCCACCUGGACCACCAUGACCGGUCAUCAGAGCAUGGCGAACACCCUACGAAGCAGCGUUGCGACUACUAUCUACCGAAACGAUGCCAUUGUCAGCGCCGUCCCCGCCCAACAGAUCAGCCGAACACGCGCCAAUAUCGUCAGUGUCCACUCUGGUCCCGAAUCUGGCACCUCCUCUCCCAGUGGCCAAGGUACACCGGUGGUGAUCACACCAUCCGAUGCCCCGGCUGUGCCCGCCAUUACCUCUGCCCAACUCGCCAAGGCUGGGGCCCUCCAAGCCGGCAACUCCCCCAACACCUCUUCUUCUAUUGUCGCCCGCACCGUCAUGGCCAAGCCAGUCAUGGUCCGUGGUCCGUCAUUGAAGAAGAAGGAUGGAGCCAAUGUAACCAGUGCCAAGGAAGUCACCAUCUCCGAAAAGCCCAUGACAUCUGCCUCUGCCAACAGCAGCAACCAACAAUUCGAUCACCAAACCUCCACCUUUGACGGUAACUCCUCCGAUGAAGACGAUGAUACGAUGCCCUCCAGCCCCUCCCACUCCACAAAUACCGCCAAGAAAAUUCCUUCUAUCUCCAUCAUUGAGGUCGACGAGUCUCCUUCUCAGACCUCAGAGACCAGCCCUUUCCACGACAGCUCGAGUGCAACUCCCUCGACUGGCCCCGCCAAGCGCAGCUCCAGACACACAGACCGGAUGCCGCCCGCGCGCGUGGAGAGUCCAUUCUCCGAUGUAAAUGAAGUGAAAUGA